UUAACCAAAUCUCUCUAAUAAUAACCCCUGAGCCAUGCAGGGGCUCGGGGCUGCAGCUCGUGGGGCCAUGGCUGGAGCUGAGGGGGAGUAGCCACUGCUGGAGAGCCAGACCCAUGGAUGGGCCAGGAGUGGGGCAGGAUGCCAUGAAGAACUGCACAGACCAGGAGUACUGGGACACCCUCGUUUCCCUGUGCAUCCCCUGCAGCCUUGCCUGCGGGCAGUCCCUGGCCAGGAAGUGUGAUGCUGUGUGUGAGUCCAUGGACUGCAACAGGAGACCUGGAUUUUACUACGAUGACCUCGUGAAGAACUGCAUCAAGUGCAGCUCGGUGUGCGGGCAGCACCCCCGGGAAUGUGCCCUGUCCUGCGAGCCCACGCCCGCGGGGCCGGUGAUGGGGCUGCAGCAGAAGACGUGCGUGGAGCAGGACCCGUGGCUGGUGCUGUACCUGCUGCUGGGGCUCUGCCUCUGCUCCCUCCUCUGCUCCCUGCUCCUGGGCUGGACUCACCUGCGCAGGAAGGGAGAGGCUGUCUCCUGCCAGCCCAGCGCUGGGACCUGCCACUGCAGGGAGGACCCUGCCAAAGAUGGGCUGGUGGAAGCUGGCAGCGUUGGGGAUGGAUUCACCAGCAUCAGAAUCCCAGAGCCAGUGGAAACCUGUGGCUUCUGCUUCCCUGGCCAUGGCUCUGCUGUACAAGAGACCAAAUCCUGCCACAGCAGCUCCUGCUGCCCUGGGGAAAGGGCUGCUCCCUCCUUCUCUGGGAUCUGCAGCACGGGAAGUGCCGGGGCCGUUCCCAGCCCCGACGACGGCCACUUCAAAAUCAUCUGCUCUCCUGCCCAGGAGAAGACACCCAUGGUGUGAGCAGAGGGUGUUCCAGCACGGAGGGAUGCUCUCUCUGCCCCAAAACCAAAGCUGCUUCACCCUCUGCUGCCAGUGACUGAACAGCCUCUACCCAGCCUGGGCUGUGCCAAGGGCUGCAGGACACAGACAGGGCUGGAGGUGCCACAGAGCUGUUUGCUUCCACUCAGGAAACCAAAUUCCCAUUAUUCUUGUGCUCUCCCAGUGAAAGAAGUCACUUCCCACGUAGCAGCAUCUGACUUCAUCCUCCAGCUUGACCUGGGUGCAUCCUGGCCGUUGGGGACAGCUCAUGGGGGGUUUUCAUCCUGGUUCCACCACCAGCAUCCCUGCAAAGGGUCAGGUGGUGCCCACUGCUCCCCAUGGAGAGCUCACCUCUUCCUGCUGGAGAUUCCUUCAUGAAUCAGAACGAUUUUCAGCACAGCUGUCUCAAAUGUGGCAUUGGAUCCAAGGAUUUACUGGUGAGAUUGAUAAGGAGCCUUUGCCUCACGACCAGGACACGAUGCUGCACACGAGGAGCUGGGACAGGCACCAAAGCUGUCAGUGAAACUGGGUUUAAAUAUGAAAAUUCAUCCAAGGCUCAGAUCUUUCUACAAAACUGGAUUUAUGUAUAUCUGACCUGGGUUAUUCUGAAGAGCUGGUAAAAGUGAGGAAUCAGCUGGAGAUAAAGCUGCUUUGAGAGAAUACUUUUAUCAAACCUGGCUUUGAAAGCUAUCCUGGAAAAAUAGGAGUUUCAAUGUGUAAUUUGAAGUUCUCAUUUCCACUAAAGGAGACUGUAGGAUUUUUUCCCCCCAAGGAAUCACUCCUGGUAGAAGCCCAUCCCCUCCACUGUCUUAAACUAGAGCUUUAAACUUGAAAGAAUAAAUGUAAUUUGAUAUAUGCACAAAUUGGUGUUGGGAAAGCAGACAGCCGGAAAAAACAUGAGCAGAGUUGUAACAGAUUCUACCCCUUCUAUAUUACACGUUCCUUUGAAUGUAAAUACUUUUUAUCAUUAAAAAAGGCAUCACCUGG